AUGUGUUUCAUAAUUUUAAAGAACAUUCAUCUCUCGGAGACCAGUUUUGCAAUUUUCACAAUUUUGAAAACUUCUGGAGUAUCCCAACCGAUUGGUGUCGUGCUUAUCACUUUCUACUGCUCUUCAUAUGCCAUGAUGCUCUCUCUUUUAUCCGUACAAUUCUUCUACCGUUACACUUCUGUCAUUUCUCCUUUGAAUUCCACUAGAUUUUCUCGAAAAACAGCUCCAUUCUAUAUAAUCUAUGUCAUGUCAUUCUUCAAUAUUUGGGCAUUAUUGACCUAUUUCAUAAAUGGACCAAGCAAUAUGAAAAACCAAGAAUUUAUUCCUGCAUUCCAGAUUGAAUAUUGUCUUGGUCCAACUGAUUUCUCAUACAUUGGAGCAAAAUAUUACUAUUUUGAAAAUGAAAUUCGCAGGUAUCACUGGCCAUCCUUCAUCUGUAUCUUCACUAUGUCCAGUCUGAUGUGCUCCACAUUUUCUGGUCUUUCUUAUUUUGGAACAUGUACAUUUAAGACUCUCAAGAAGGUUGGAUUGACUAGUUACGGAUCUAAAGAACUGCAAAAUCAACUGUUUCGAACUCUCGUUGUUCAAACUAUCAUCCCAACAAUUUUCAUGUAUUUUCCAGUUUCCUGUAUGUUUUUAUUCCCAAUGAUUGGGUUGCAAAUUGAGCAAGUUGCUAUUUUUAUACCUAUCACUGUAUCUAUAUAUCCAUGUUUGGAACCGAUGGUAGCCAUGUACUGUAUCAAAGACUUCAGACAUCGGAUAAAAGGCAUACUAACUUGUUCGACAGUCACCCGUAUUCAAGUUUCUUCGACUCAGCGAGAUUCUUUCUUUUGA